AGGGUUGGGAGGAACGCGACCUACUCCGCUAACCCAGUGGCCCGAGCCAAUCACAAAGAGGAUUGGAACCUCGCUGCACGCCCCCCUUCCCAUCUCCUCCCCCUGCAACAGCCUCCUGGAAAGAGGGGCACUGGAGAGAUGUGUUUGCAAUUCAAAUCCUUGGCUUUCUGCCUGCCUCUUUUCUUAAUAAGAAGGCAGGAGCUGCCGUGAGGUGCAAAGGGGUCUUCCGAAUUGCAGUGGCCCUAAGAUCCGAAGAUCCUUGCCUCUGCCUCUUUUAUCUGAUUCUGAAGCUAACGGGAAAAGGGUAAGGAUGGUGGAGGCUUUCUGUGCUACGUGGAAGCUGACGGACAGUCAGAAUUUUGACGAGUACAUGAAGGCUCUAGGUGUGGGCUUUGCCACUAGGCAGGUGGGAAAUGUGACUAAACCAACAGUGAUCAUCAGUCAGGAGGGGGACAAAGUGGUGAUCAAGACUCAAAGCACAUUCAAGAACACAGAGAUUAGUUUCCAUCUGGGAGAAGAGUUUGAUGAAACCACUCCAGAUGACAGAAACUGUAAGUCUGUUGUUAGCCUGGAUGGAGACAAACUUGUCCAUGUACAGAAAUGGGAUGGCAAAGAGACAAAUUUUGUAAGAGAGAUUAAGAAUGGCAAAAUGGUCAUGACUCUUACUUUUGGCGAUGUGGUUGCCAUUCGCCACUAUGAGAAGGCAUAGAAAACAUCCUGAUCUGGGGCUGGAGAAGUUCUACGAUCUUUCUGUUUACCCAAGUCUCAGUGCUAUACUGCUGUUACGGCACAGCUGAUCACUAAUUAGAAGGUUAUCCUUGGUGUGGAGGUGGAAAAUGAUGACUUCAAAACUUGUUUUAAAAACUUGUUACUGCAAGCAAUCAAAGCCAUUUUUGAUCUGCAGAUUUAUCACAUUUUAUAAUUCCUAUUAAAAUUUUAAACUACUUUUUUUUAAAAUAAAGAAGGGAAUACAUUCUACAAUUUCCAGUGGAAUGCAAAUCAAAUUGGAAUAAAAAUCUUACACCCAUGAGAAAUUUGUUGUUGUUGUUAAUAUCACUAAUCUGGCUGGGAAUUGUAUAUUAGAGAGUUUUAAAUACAAUAGCCUUUUUUUUAUGGCAUAAAGUCAGGCUGGGGAAGUUAGCACUUUGUCUAAAAUACUAAUUUAAAAAAUAAGCAGAAGCCC